AUGGAAGUUUUUCAUUUUUCAGGUUUUGUUCAAGAGGCUUUAAGCAAGCAAUAUGAACAAGUACAAAAUCCUGAGCUUAAACUGUUGUCUGAGUCGCUGCCAGAGUUUAUUCAACAUAGCAAGGCAAAGAAUACACAAACUAAAUAUACUCGUAGGUUUGAGCGGUGGCGGAUCUGGGCCUUCAUAUUUAAUGAGGUCAAUGUAUUGCCAGCCUCUAGUAUCUAUAUUACUUUAUUUUUCUUACAAUUAAUACAAGAUAGUGUGUCAACUAGUGUUAUUGAUGAGGCCCAUUAUGGCAUUAAGUGGGUUCAUGAAAUAUCUGGGUUUAAAGAUCCAUGUGAUUCAGCUAUUGUUCGGGCUAUUGUUGCGGCUGCUAAAAGAUUACUUAGUGUUCCUGUUAAAAAGAAAGAACCCGUUACACCAGAAAUAAUGUUAUCAUUGUUCGGGCGGUUUGGUGGUACGAACGCCAGUCUUUCUGAUUUACGGGUACUUAUGUUGUGCACGCUUGGUUAUGCAGGAUUUUUACGUUUUAGUGAGUUAAUAGCCCUGCGUAGAUGUGACGUUCAAUUUGAGAUCAAUAUUUAUCGGGAUGGUGCUUGGGUGGUUGUAGCUGCGACAACAAAGUCUACUUGUCCAGUCGCUUUGUGUAAGCGAUAUUUUGCAUUGGCAAAUUUCACUCCAAAUUCUCAAGAUUACCUAUUUAGAGCACUCUCGACGUUUAUGCCUAGUGCCGGUGCUUUUAAGUUUUGUAAUUCAUCUCCGUUGUCAUACACAAGAGCUAGAUAA